GAGAUGGAUCAAGAUCAUGAGUUAUGGCGGACGCUAAGAUGCGCAGGCAAGGCGCAAGAUAAGACCUCAUCUGUUAAUACUCUCAUGCUCAAGUACCGUCCGAUCGCUCCAAAGCCGACGACUACUGGUCAACCAUUCGUCGGAGACACGAGUACCAUGAGAAGGACGAAGAGGAAGUACGUUAGGGUUUCCAAGAAUAAUAAAGCCACGUGUCGUUCAAAGAUCAACGGCUUCAGAUCUAGCUCGACAGAUCCGGAGAUUGGUCGGGAAGAUAUCGUCACGCUACAGCUCUUGCCGGAAAGAUCUACACCGUUGAGUUUGGAUCAUAAUAAUAACCUCGAUCCAACGGUGGAGACAAUGGUCGGAGAUGAAAUAACUGAAACGGACACGUGGCUCAAGUUUAACGGCGGUGAUGACGUGUUGCAACGGGUUCCGGUAGAGACGUGGGUGACAGUGGAGUCUCUUAACGGUGGCUCGGUAUCCCAUGCGGUAGGGUUAACGGACGAAGAGAUCACGGAUGUUUUACAUAAAGACACGUGUCCUGGUUUCAUAUCGGAUGGUUCGAACCGUGUGGUGAUGGUUAACGAGGCUUACCGGAGGAUAGUAACCGGAGACGGCGGGUUCGGGAGAGAGGUGAUUGUGUGGUUGGUGGUUGACCCAACGGCGACGUUUUAUGACUACCGAACUUUUACGUGUAAGGUAAGACUGGAAUACACGUGGCGAGAGACCAAGUACACUAAAACGGUGCCGUGUGAUGUGUGGAAGAUGGAGUUUGGUGGGUUUGCAUGGAGGUUGGAUACAAGUGCAGCUUUAACUCUUUGGCUCUGAGGUAGAGAUGGGUAAGGUUAAUUAAGAUCAAGUUGUGGUUAAGGUGUAUAAUACUAAUCUCACACCCUAAUCACUCUUUCCAACUUUGCGUAUUGGGAAGUAAGUAAUACAAAAGA